AGCAGGAAAACCAGUCUCCUUUUUUUUUUUUUUUUUUUACUUUAUCAAAUGGUACGAAAUUAUUUUUCUCUCAAACAAAAUUCCUUCGCCUCUAAAGUUUGAUUUUUCGUCCUACGGGCAGAAAGACAUAGCGGCUGCAAAACACGACAUUUAUAUAUGGGAAAAUUUGUGUGCUACAAAUCAAGUUAAAUUACAUUUUAACCAGUUUAUUAUACUUUUUAUUAAACUUCUUCUAAAGGAAAUAUGCUGUUCUUAAAAUACGCCCCUUUUUUAUUAGAUAAGAUUCACAUUUCAAGAAGCAUAUGUGAUGGAAGUUCAAAUCACCUGAUAAAAAGUAUUUCUUCUAUAAUAACUACUAGAAUACAGGAAAACUGUUGCAGUAAAAUAGCUAUUCGAAAUGUGAUAAACCGAAACAGAAAUACAAUAUUAAAUUACGGUAAAUUAUAUUCUCGCUUUAUAAGCAAAGAUCAAAAUUUAUGUUUUGCAGAAAAAAAUCUAAAACGUGUACAGUGCUGUCGUUAUUUUCAUACGUCUGAGCGUCGAAAUGCGCACCCACUUGUAUGGAUUGUUUUUAGACCACUUUUGAAGCUCAUGGCUGUGCUCACUGGAAGAGGUUUUAGGAAAUGGUGGAGAGAUUUACCACCUAACAAGAAGAAAUAUUUCUUGAAUGUGAUAAAGGAAAACAGAAGAAAAAUUGGAAUUACUAUACUUAGUGUCAUCACCCUGUCAGGAAUUUAUUAUAUAACCCACUUAGAAGAAACUCCAAUUACCAAACGAAAACGUUUCAUGGCUUUCAACUCAAAGCAGUUAGAAAAAAUAAAUCAAUUUGAAUUACAGCGCAUAAUGGAAAGUGUUGGGAACCAAAUAUUAUCUCCCUAUCAUCCAGAUGCAAGGCGUGUUCAAACAGUGGUGAACCGAAUUCUAGAUGCUAAUAAGGAUCUAGAAGAAAUGAGGAAAAGGAAAUGGGGAAUAGCUGUGAUUGACAGUCCUGUUGAAAAUGCAUUUGUUUUGCCUAUAGGAUAUGUGUUUGUCUUCACUGGAAUGCUGAAACUGUGUACCAAUGAUGAUCAGCUAGGUGCUAUCUUGUCUCAUGAAAUUGCUCACUGCAUUCAAAAUCAUGGGGCAGAAAAUGUGAGCUUCACACAUUUAUUAGAUUUAUUUUCUAUUGUAAUUAUUGCUGCAAUUUGGGCAGUUGUUCCAAGUGAUGCUAUUUCAUUGUUGACACAUUGGCUGUACGAAAAAUCUCUUGAGGUAAGUGAUCUUUAUGACAAAAUGAAAUGUUAAAUGACAAAAAAUGUU